CGGCUGCUCGCGCGGCUGUUCUGGGAGGCGGCGGUGAGCGGCUCCCACGCCCCCGGCCCGGCCCUGGCCCUCCGGGACGGAGCGCCGAGCAGCCCCGGCUCCGGGCUGCGGACUAUGGGCGAGCAGCGCUGAUUACCCGGGGAAGAGCUGAGAAUGAAGCGGAGAGCAUCAGACAGAGGAGCUGGGGAAACGUCGGCCAGAGCAAAGGCUCUAGGGAGUGGGAUUUCUGGAAAUAACGCCAAGAGAGCUGGACCAUUCAUCCUCGGUCCUCGUUUGGGCAACUCACCAGUGCCAAGCAUUGUGCAGUGUUUGGCAAGGAAGGAUGGCACAGAUGACUUUUAUCAACUGAAGAUCCUUACCCUUGAGGAGAGGGGUGACCAAGGCAUAGAGAGCCAGGAGGAGAGGCAGGGCAAGAUGCUGCUGCACACCGAGUACUCUCUGCUCUCCCUCCUGCACACGCAGGACGGUGUGGUCCACCACCACGGGCUCUUUCAGGAUCGCACCUGUGAAAUUGUUGAGGAUACAGAAUCUAGCCGAAUGGUUAAGAAGAUGAAGAAGCGCAUCUGCCUUGUCCUGGACUGCCUCUGUGCACACGACUUCAGUGACAAGACUGCUGACUUGAUCAACUUGCAACACUACGUCAUCAAGGAGAAGAGGCUUAGCGAGCGGGAGACUGUGGUUAUCUUCUAUGACGUGGUACGCGUGGUGGAAGCCCUGCACCAGAAAAAUAUUGUGCACAGAGACCUGAAACUUGGGAACAUGGUGCUCAAUAAAAGGACACAUCGGAUAACCAUCACUAACUUCUGCCUCGGGAAGCAUCUUGUGAGUGAGGGGGACCUGCUGAAGGACCAGAGAGGGAGCCCUGCUUACAUCAGUCCUGAUGUGCUCAGCGGCCGGCCAUACAGGGGCAAACCGAGCGACAUGUGGGCCCUGGGCGUGGUGCUCUUCACCAUGCUCUACGGGCAGUUCCCCUUCUACGACAGCAUCCCACAGGAGCUCUUCCGCAAGAUCAAGGCCGCUGAGUACACCAUUCCCGAGGAUGGACGUGUCUCUGAGAACACUGUGUGUCUCAUCCGGAAACUGCUGGUCCUUGACCCCCAGCAGCGCCUGGCUGCUACCGAUGUCCUGGAAGCCCUCAGUGCUAUCAUUGCAUCAUGGCAGUCCCUGUCAUCUCUGAGCGGGCCUUUGCAAGUGGUUCCUGACAUCGAUGACCAGAUGAGCAAUGCAGACAGCUCCCAGGAGGCAAAGGUGACAGAGGAGUGCUCUCAAUACGAGUUUGAGAACUACAUGCGGCAGCAGCUGCUGCUGGCCGAGGAGAAGAGCUCCAUUCACGAGGCCCGGAGCUGGGUGCCCAAGAGACAGUUCGGCAGCGUGCCACCAGUGCGACGCCUGGGCCACGACGCACAGCCCAUGACCUCUUUGGACACCGCUAUCCUGGCACAGCGCUACCUGCGGAAAUAGCAGCCUCAGCCAGGGGCACCAGCCCCAGCACCACCUCUUCCGGCCCCCAGCCCUGUUGAGGCUGGGCCCUAUAGUGCUGGACUCUCCCAGGCUGCAACAGGGAUAGGGCAGGGACAGGGACAGCCCAGGUCACAUGUGGGGUCAGCAGAGGUACCACAAAGCUACCUUUUGGAAUGAUUGCUUGAUUGUUUGGUUUUUAAAUCUGAGAGGCCUAGAUGACUAAUCUGCUUUUAAUCAUGACAUUUUAAUCUACCUCUGUCUCUAACCACGCUGUCUCUGGACUGAGCGACAGAAGGAGGGAGCCCACCCACUCCCCCAAGCCCUGAUCCAGCUGGCGCCUGCCCGGCUUGGGGGCUGCUGCUCCCCACAGUCAAAUAAGCUGAAAGUGCAGCUCGCUGCUGGCUCCCAGAAUGAGUGCCACCCCACACUGCCCAGUCCCCCAGUCUGCGCCAUCCCUCCCUUCUGACCCCCGGCCCCUCAGUCCGAGCUUUGGAAAACCUUCACCUCAUCUUAUUCAAAUAUAUUUAUUUUUUUACUGAAACCAAGUUCUCUCCUAUCCUUAGGUGGCUCAGCCCGUGGCCAGUCCCUGUGGCUGGACAGCAGGGGUCCAUGGUCCACAUGUGGGCUCCCUCCACACCUCCAGGCAAAGAGGGGUCCUCCUUGCUGGACCUCUCUGCUCCCAGCCCACUGGGCUUGUGUCCAGUGAUGGGAGUUCUUUCUAAACUUGGCUUUCUCUCAUCUCAGUAGCUUUUCUGAGGUGUUGCACAUGCGUGUUAGCCCUGCUUCCUUCUCCAUCCUUCACGUGGUACCAGGUAACAUGGAGCCCAAUGUGAAGGGAGCCUGUGACCGGGUUGGGGAGGGUACUGUGGGCCUGGCUGGGGACAGGGCCCUGCUUGCAUGCUGUCUUGCCUCCACCCCUGGUGUUCGGAGAAUGAACCGUGGGGUGUCUCCCCUCCCACCUUGCCUCAGUAGAUGGGGUGUCUCCCCCGACAGACCCUGGCCAGGGGCCUCCAUGGGGUGGGAGGCUUGUGGGGAGAAUCGCAGGGGUUGAGGACCUGCCCGCCUGGCCUGAGAACAGCCCUGCUGCCUCUUGAGCCGAGAUUUUGAAGUGGAUGCCCGUCUUGCCAGAAAUGCUGUUCUCACCAGAAUGCCCUCCUCUCCCCGUUUCCCUCACUGAUCCUUGGCUCUUUCUGGUGCCAAGCAAAGACCCUUCCCCAGAGGCCUACCUGCCGUGUAUCCUCAGAGAGUCUGAGUGUCCCCUUCGGGCAGCGUAAGGCCCUUUCUACCUGUCCUUGCUCCCCAUUGGGGAUGCAACAAUGUUUCCCAGAGUGUGAGCUGUCCACCCCCCAACACAAGGGGGGGAAAAAACUGACUCACUGUGAGUGACCUUGGGCAAGUUCCCAAACCUCCUCGUGCCUCAGUUUCCCCAUCUGGAAAAAAUGGGGCCACCUCUUGCCAGCAGUAGCAGGGCCGCCCACGCCCCUUCCUUCCCAUGCUCCCAAUCCAGCACUUGGGCGCCUUGUGCCUCUGCCUUGGUGGGUCUGUGGGAGCCCACCUGAGCUCAGCACUUACUCCCUGAGCACCCAGCUCUGCCUCUAGCUCAGCCGUCCAGCCGCUGAGAGCCAGGGCAUGGUGCUGUGGGGUGGGGAGGCCUCUUUUCUAUAUUUAUUUGAUAAAGAAAAUUCUCCUAAGGGAGCAGAAAUGUAGUCGGCCUGGGCUCCCAGCCCUGUGACUAUCCUCCAGUGAGGCUCUGAGGCCUGGCCAGGGCCUGCCUUGGUAGGGCCUCUGCCCAGCAGCCCCUUGGGCCUGCUUUCCAUGUGUGAUUUGUCUCCUUUUCAAAGCAAUAUCCUCAGGUCUGCAAAGCCCUAGCAGACAGACUGGUUCCUUCCAAGGUCAACCCGUGCGUCUGGUUACACUUCUGGUGAAACAAAUGAGAGGAGAUCGGGUCUGCCCUCACUGGUGUCACACACUGGGAGAAGUCCUAUUGUAAAGAAAAUGGAAAAAGUCACAAAAAAGUUUGUAUAAAGACAUAUUUUUGUACUACAUGGGGACUCUUCCUGCAUGUCAGCAAUAAAACUUCCUGAUCUGGAGCCA